AUGAAUAAUUCAUAUGAUAGGUCAAAUGUAGAAGGUUCAACUGUUAAUGAAGAUAGUCAACAUAAAGAAAAUUUAUCAUAUAAAAUAAAUGAGGAAUUAUAUUAUUCAAGUGUUAAACAAAUCCACAACAAUAAUGUUGAUGAGACUGUAAAUAAUCAUGGUGAUAUUGUGUUUCCAUGUGAUAGUAAUCAACAAAUAAAUUGUAAACUAACAAAUGAUAAAAUUAAUGUAGAAUAUACAAAUGAAAAUAAUAUGCAUAAUGUAAAUAUGAAUGAGACGAAUUAUAUGAAUAAUAAAAAUAUAAAUAUGGAGAACAAAGUAUGUGGUGAAUAUGAAAAUGUAAAUAUUUUUAAUCAUGAUAAUCAUAUGAAUAAUUCUAUUAAUGUAAUACAAAAUGAAAAUAUAUUGUUAUCAAAGGAAUAUAAAGAAUCGAAAAAACAUCCUAAUGAUAGGAUAAAUAAUAUAGGUAUUAAUGCCGGUAGUACUACAAGUAGUCAUAAAAAGAAGAAAAAAAAUGUUACAUUUAGUGAUGAUAAUAUGUAUAAUAUGAGUUAUAGAGACAUAAAAAAUAAUUCGAUGAAUUAUUAUAUGGAUAUGAAUAAUAUGAAUAAUGAGAAUAAUAUGAAUAAUAUGAAUAAUGUGAAUAAUAUGAAUAAUAUGAAUAAUACUAAUAAUUUACAUAAUGCAUAUCAUAACAAUGAUUAUAAAAAUCGGAAUUAUGAUAUUGUUAUGAAUCAUAUGAAUGAUCAUAUGAAUGAUCAUAUGAAUGAUCAUAUGAAUGAUCAUAUGAAUGAUCAUAUGAAUGAUCAUUUAAACUAUGCUAAUAAUACAGAUGGAGCUGUGAAAGGGAUUUAUAAUAUAAUAAGCUUAAAACAAAAUAACUCCAACAAUAAUAUAAACAAACUAAAUAAUAAUUAUAUCGAAUAUGAUAUAAACAAUAAUUCUAAUAUGUAUGAAAAUUAUCAGAAUAAUAAUAUUUAUAAUAAUAAAAAUAAUUAUUUUAAUUCUGAUAUUGGAAAUACAAAUCAAGAUGAUAAAAAUGUGAAUAAUAUAAAUAACAACUUUGUUGUUAAAUAUUUGAAAGACUUAGAAAAAAUUUAUCAAUUAAAAAAACAUAAUAAGAAAUUAGAUAGCCACAAAAAUGUAAACAAUUAUUAUAAUAUGUUAGAGUUAUUAUAUAAUUCUUGUAAGAAAAAAAAAAAUUUGAAUGAUAAAAGAAUAAGGGCUCUAUUAUAUAUAUUCAAAUAUAUUAAAAAUUUAGAAAAAAAAAAAGAGCAUAAUAAUUCAGACAUAUUUGAUAUAAAGACAUUAAGAAGGUUAAACAAACAAGUGGAUUUAUAUAUUGAUUUGUUAGAAAAAAGGAAAUAUAAAGAAGAUAUACAUUUAGAAUUAAAACAGGAAAAAAUGGACACCAUCAACAAUAAUAAUAAUAAUAAUAAUAAUUAUGAUAAUAAUUAUGAUAAUAAUAAUUAUUAUAAUGAUUAUAAUAAAUCGAAUUAUCAUGAAUUUAAACAACCCACUGAUUCAUAUGCACAUAAUAAAUUUAUAAAUAAUAUUAUGAAGAAUAAAUGUGAUUUAUUUUUUAAAUCUAAUAUUAAUAAUAUUAAUAUUCAAUCUCCAGAACAAAAUUUCUAUUUUAAUCAUUCUCUGAAAAAAGUUAAUUAUAUAAAUAAUUUGUUAGUAUAUAUACACUUUAUAGUGUUUAAAUAUAUCACGCUUUAUUCAAUAAAUGAAUGGAACUUGUUGUUGUUUAAAGAUAUUGAUGCUUAUAAUGUUUGUGGGAGUAGUAACGAUCAAAGAUUAAAUAAGACAUCCGUGGAGAGCUUAUUAUCACCUGAUAAUAUGGAAGAUGUUAAUCAUAUGAGUGAGGAUGAUAAUAAAAGUGAGGAUGAUAAUAAAGGUGAUAAUGAUAAUAUAAGUGAGGAUGAUAAUAAAAGUGAGAAUGAUAAUAAAAGUGAGAAUGAUAAUAUAAGUAAGAAUGAUAAUAAAAGUGAGAAUGAUAAUAAAAGUGAGAAUGAUAAUAUAAGUGAGAAUGAUAAUAUAAGUGAAGACAACAAUAAAAGUGAGAAUGAUAAUAAAAGUGAAGACAAUAAUAAUAAUAAUAAUAAUAAUAAUAAUGAUGAUGAUCAGGAGGGUACUAUAAAAGUACAGAUAAAUGAUCAGAAUUGUAUGGAUCAAAAUAAAAAUAAAUUUGAGAUUCCUUUAAUUAGUUAUUUCGAGUUAGAUGAUUAUAAAAUAGAAAAGUUGAAUCCUCUUAAUAUGAAUGAAAAUAAUACAAUAGAUAUAAAUUAUUAUGAAUAUGUAAUUGAACCGUUUGAUUUUUUAUUUUAUGAUCAGGUUUAUAAUGAGAUAUAUAAUUAUUUGCAGAUGUUAAAAAAUCAGAGUUUAUUUCAAAACGAUGAGAACAACAACAAUAAUAAUAAUAAUAAUAAUAAUAAUGAUAAUAAUAAUGAUAAUAAUAAUAGGGGUGAUGAUGAUCAUAAUAAUAUUUUCAAUUGUUAUGAUAAUUCUCAUCUUAUGAGACAACUACCUUUUCAAUAUUACGAAUUUAUAGAAAUAUUAAUAAAGGAAGUUAUAAAUGUGCGUGAUUUAAUUUAUCGUAAUAAAUAUGUAAGAUAUCUUUUUUAUUACAUUUAUAGAAAUAAUGAAGAUAAUUUGUUAGAAGGUAUAAACAAAAUAUUUUUCUUAGAAAAGAAUAAAGUGUUAUUAUAUAAAACGCAAACAAAAUUAAGAUACAACAUUUUUGUGUCACGAUUUUUAGAAAACAAUGGUUUAUCUACAACAAAUGAAGAAGAAAAAGAAAAUAAAAAAAAAAUUAGCUUCAUAGAAGCAAAGAAUAAAUUAUUUGAUAGUAUGUUUAAUGAGUAUAAUAUAUAUUAUAAUGAGUAUAUGAAAAAUAUUGAAAAAUAUAAUAUUGCUAGAAAGAAUAUCUUUAAUAUUAAGGACAAAAAAUUUACAUAUAUAAAAAAAAAAAUUAAUAUAUAUUCUGAUUAUUUUGAGCAUAUGAAAAAAAAAUUGUCUGUAGAAAAAUAUAAUCCACAGGAAGAUUCAAAGGAGGAAAUAAAUGAUAAUAUGAAUGACCAUAAUGAUGACAAUGAAAAUAUUAAUAACCAUAAUGAUGACAAUGAAAAUAUUAAUAACCAUAAUGAUGAUAAUAAUGAUGAUAAUAAUGAUGAUAAUAAUGAUGAUAAUAAUGAUGAUAAUAAUAAUGAUGUGUUUAAAAAUAUACAUCUUAUAGAAUAUGAGAAAGAAAAGAUUUCUUUUGAUGUGCCCUUUAAUUAUGUCAAAUUUUUAUAUGAUAAAAAUUAUGCCUUAAUUAUAAACAGUGAAAAAAAUAAUUCCAGAAAAUUAAAAGCUGCAUAUAUAGUAAAUAAGAAUUUAAAAAAUAAAGAAAACAUAUUAAUUAUAACUUCUAUAUUAAAUAUAAUGAAAUGGAAAAGUUUGUUUUUUACAUUUAAAAAUGUAACAAUAUAUAAAAAUGAAGAGAGUAUAAUUGAGAAUAAAGUAGAACAUAUACAUAAUAAUUUAAUUAUAUGUAUAGAUUUUUUGCCCAAAACUUUGAAUAUUACAUGUGAUAUUAUUAUAUUAGAUAUGUGUCAUUUUAAUAUUAUAAAUCAGAUUAGUAUAUUGAAUGAAUUGUGUUUUUUAAAUUAUAAAAAAAAAAUAUUAAUAGUUAAUAAUAUUUGUGAUAAUUGGAAUUUUAUAUCUUCUUUAUUUUUAUUAAAUAAUCAUGUUUUUAAUAAAUCUUUUUUGGAUACUAUCAAAAUGAAUUAUAAUGAAGAUGAUAAGAAAAUUAUAAAUUAUAUGAUGUUAGAUUAUAUUUCACACUUUUGUGUAUUAAAUAAACAAAAAAAUUUAUUUUUCAAAGAUCAAAAAGUAGAUCAAAAUGUAAGUCUUAAUAUAAAAAAAAAAAAAAAAGAUGAUGAUGAACAAAAUGGUAACACAAAUGAUGAGUGUGAUAAAACAAAUGAUGAGUGUGAUAAUACAAAUGAUAAGUGUGAUAAUACAACUGAUAAGUGUGAUAAUACAACUGAUAAGUGUGAUAAUACAAAUGAUGAGAAAUUAUUACAUCUAGAUGAUAACAAUGAAAUAAAAAAAACAAAUCCAAAAAAGAAAAGAAAUUUGUUUUUCAUUCUAACAUAUAUGAGUGGUAUUCAGAAAUGUAUAUAUGAUAAUGCUGAUGAAAAAAAUAAAAGAGAUACAUGUAUACAUCCAUUAUUAAUGUUAGAUGAGAAUUUAUUUUUAUUAAAAGAUUUUAAUAUAUCUGAAAAAUUUGAAGUAUUAAAAAAUAUUAUAAAAAAAUGUAUCCUAAUAAAAAAAAAAAUACUCAUAUGUUAUUCUGGAGAUGAAAAAAUAUUAAAACUUAUAAAAAUAUUAUUACAUUUAUAUGGAUUAAAUGAUUUUAAUGCAAUUACAUAUUUGACAUUACCUAAUAAUAAUCAAGAACAAACAGAAAAUAUAAACAAUCUAGAUUUAUAUGAUGUAUCCAUAAUAAUAAAUGAUCAUAUAUCAUUUUUAAAAUAUUUUGAAAAUAUAAAUAUAACAUGUUAUUUUUUAGUAUCUACAUUUACAAAUGAAGAAGAUGAAUUAUUACAAUUAUAUGGUCAAGAAAUGAAAGAAUUAUAUUUUUAUAAAAAAAAAAAAAAAGAAUUAAUGGAAUCAAAUAAAUCAUAUAGAGAUUUCUUUUAUAGAUAUUAUUUAAAUAAUCUUAUAUCUGAUACUGAUGAACAAUUUUUAAUGUUUAAUAUUAUUGAUCAAAAGGAAAAAAUAUAUUGUAAUGUUAAUUACAAUGAGAUGGUAUUACCCACCUGUUUUAUUUCAUCGAUAUCGGACCCUGAUCAGGCCUCUCACUAUUCGGAACACUGGAAGGAUAUAAAGGAUGCUCAUAAUUUCUGGAACUUCAAUACUUUUAGUAAGAACAAAAUAAAUUUUUACCUGAACAAAAAAAAUACAGUAUAUGAUAAAUAUGAAAAUGUGGUAAGUCCAAUAUCAGAGGAAUCAAUAGCCCCACCACAGAUUUAUUAUUAUUUGGAAAACCCCAUGAAGGAAAGAAACGUUUUCAAUGGUUGCAUAUCAGUAGCAUUAGAAGACAUAAUCCAAGAAUUGAAUAGAAAAAAGGAAAUAACCGAUUUUGAUGAAAUGAAAAAAAAUGUUUUAUUAAAUAUACAACAGAAAGCUAAUAAAAAACAUUUCACUUCUGUUCGUAAAGUCGAAAAAAUUUUAUCUAAAUUUUUAGAAGAAAAUAAAAGUAAAUCCUUUGAUCAAUUUUUAAAGGGUUGUGAGGCAUAUGGACAGAUUAUAAGUAAAUGCAAAGAGAAAUUAUUUGUUACCUUCAAUAAAACAUACAAUGUCCAAUUUAAAAACUUUGAAGAUUUCUGGUGUGAUGAUGAAAAGAAAAGAAAAGAAAAGUGGAAGAAAUUAUGGGAUAUGAAUGAAAAAAAUGCAUAUGAAAAGGAAAGCAAUUUAUUGUUCAAUGUAUGUAAUGAAAAAAGUGAUUUAACUGACUUUUCUAAGAGUAGUAGUUUUGACAAAUUAAAGGGUGAUACAAAUAUAAACGAAAAGAAAAAUUUCAGAAUAAGAUUAUCUUCACAAUUAUUAGAAGAAAAAGAUCUUGAUCAAUUAUAUCAUGGAAACAAAAAAAUAUGUUUAUUAAAUGAUACUACUGAAAAAGAUAAAAAGACAUGUUUAUAUAAUGAAAGAAAAGAGGAAUGA